CUCUUAUUAUGUUUGAAUUCAAUUCUAUACUUACCGUUGCCUAAAUAAAACCCGAUUCGAUUUAGAACUGCCCAACAAAUAAAAAUAAGCUUCCGAUCUCGGCCCCCCCUCUCUUCCUCCUCGUCUUCGUCCGCCUCUGCAUCCGUGGUGUAGAUUUUGAUCGACUUCCGGGCCAUUUCUUGGGCGCUCGCCUCCGUGGUGUUGGAUGGAGGCUAUUAGGAAGCAGGCCUCCAAAUUCAGGGAGCAGGUCGCCAGGCAGCAGCAGGCUGUUUUCAAGCAAUUUGGAGGUGGUGGAUAUGGAAGUUCUGAUAGUAUAUUUUCAGAUGCAGCGGAAUAUCAGCAGCACCAAAAAUUAGAAAAGCUUUACAUAUCAACUCGAGCUGCCAAGCAUUUUCAAAGGGAUAUAGUGCGUGGUGUGGAAGGAUAUAUCGUCACAGGGUCCAAACAAGUUGAAAUAGGCAAUAAAUUAUCUGAUGAUAGUAGGAAAUAUGGUGUUGAGAACACCUGCACUAGUGGGAAUACACUAUCGAAAGCUGCUUUAUGUUAUGCGAGAGCUCGUGCACAAAUGGAGAAUGAACGCGGCAAUCUACUGAAAGCUCUUGGUUCCCAGGUUGCAGAGCCACUAAGAGCCAUGGUAAUGGGUGCUCCAUUGGAAGAUGCUCGACACCUUGCCCAAAGAUAUGAUAGGGUGCGCCAGGAAGCUGAAGCUCAGGCAAUUGAAGUUUCAAAGCGCCAAAUUAAAGUAAGAGAAACUGUUGGCAGUGGUGAUAACAUUUCAAAGCUAGAAGCUGCUGAAGCCAAGCUACAAGAACUAAAAUCUAGUAUGGCAGUAUUGGGUAAGGAAGCUGUUGCAGCAAUGACUGCUGUGGAAGCCCAACAACAAAGAUUAACCUUACAGCGGCUUAUUGCUAUGGUCGAAUCAGAGCGCACUUACCAUCAGAAGGUCCUACAAAUUCUUGAACAACUUGAAGCAGAGAUGCUAUCUGAGCGUCAAAGAAUUGAAGCAUCUCCAAGUCCAGCCUCAGAAAACUUUAUGCCGCCUCCACCAUCAUACGAAGAAGCCAAUGGCAUGUUUACAAACUCAACUGUCGAUGGAUUAACAGAAUCUGUGGAAUACUUUUUAGCUGAGGUAAUUCAUUCAUAUCAGGCUGAGACAGAUGUGGAGCUUAAUCUUUCUGUUGGCGACUAUGUUGUUGUACGUAAGCUAUCAAACAAUGGUUGGGCGGAAGGUGAAUGCAAAGGAAAAGCAGGUUGGUUCCCUUCUGUAUACAUUGAAAGGCGGGAGCGUGUGCUCGCAAGUAAGAUCGUUCAAAUUCUGUAAAAAUAUUGCUCAGGGAGGUCGGUCUAUCCAUCUGGGUGUUGUAAGGUGUUGCAAUGUUUGGGCUUCCAUAAGCUGAAACCUAGUCAUAUUUGCAUCUUCAGUUCAUUAUUUUGUUCUUCCCCCCUUA